AUGUUGCAAAAUGGACAAGCACGCGGAACUCCAAGAUUAAUAGGGUUUUUAAUUCCAACAUCUAAUGGGCGCACCAGGUUACGACUUAUGCCAGGUCGAGGACGUGUAGAUUCUGCUGGAAUGCCUUUGAAUAUUAGAUCAAUUGUUGCUGCUGCCAGAAGGGCCAACUUACUACCAACUAAUGCUACAAGUACUAAUCCCCAGACAAGAGUUCAACAAAGAAGACCAUCUAUGGUAAUCCUCAGACCAAGAACUGGACAAUCAGGCACAAGAAGUUCUACUCGCUCUAGUCAACAACAGAAUAGAAUAAAUCCUCAGCGGCGACGACAAAAUGAAAUCCGACGUUCACAGUCGAGUGGACGUUCACAGACCAGUGGACGAUCACAGGCCAGUGGACGUUCACAGACAAGUGGUCGUUCACAGACGAGUAGACGUCCACAGACGAAUGUGGAAGAGGUAGUUGAAGUUACAAUAAAUCAUACUGGACCAAAUACUGCAGGAGCUGUACCGUCCGGUGUCCAGACAGAAAACGUUCCAACGACUCAACUGGAUCAAAGCUCACAACAGCAGUCAAGAAAUAGAUUUUUGGAUACUGUGAGAAGCAUGCGAAGGACUCAGACAGCUAACAGUAUACCAGGUAUGAGGAGAUUAAACGUUUUGGACAGAUCUACUGGACAAUUGACGACCAAAACAAUGGAAAGAUCUAACAUUGACACGUCUUCACAGAAUCGUCGCGUUAACACACUUGCAGAUAGAAAUAGAAUGCCGGAAACUAACAGAAACAGGAUACCAGAAGGAAACAAUAACAGACGACAGGAUACCCGUACAGAACCAGUCGAUUUAUUUAACUCACCAAGAUCUGUAAAUCUAAUUGGCGACACUGGAAGUUCAAAUGGUCAGUCAGGUGAUCAAACUAGAAAAGUAUCUAUAUCAAUUAAUACUAACCAAGGCGGUAGUAAUAAUAAUAAUGACAAAACAAACGUGCAGUCAGACACUAACUUGUCUCAAGGCGCUGUGUCCAUGUUUGACAACUCCAAUUUACAAAAUAACAAUCGUUUUCAGAACUUUGGAACAAGAGAUCAGUUAAGUGCUCAAAAUCGCAAUGUUUUUGACCGGCAAAGUGGUAAUAAUUUUGACGGUCAGAGCCAAGACCCACAUAAUUUUUUGACACCUGUUAACCCAGAGCCAUUCAAUCAGAAUGAUGUUCAUCACAACAGUAAUAAUUUUAAUGAUCCUGGUUUUCAAGACCACCACCUAGAUGUUCACAAUAACCUUCAAAAUACACCGACAUUUUUGUCAUCAUCAUCACAAAACAUAAACCAAAUACACGCACCCAAUAAUGAUGGACAAAAUUCAGUUUUAAGUUCACAACAGAAUACACAAACUGAUCAGUUUCCGCCCAAUAGUCAUUUUGUUGGACAUCAAACAUCUGCACAAAGUAAUUCAAAUACGUUAAUGAACAAUCCAGAUCUUCUAAAUGAUCAAAACAUUGCAAAACUAAAAAAUAAUCAGUUGUCAGGUUUGACACUAAAUGACAUUUUUCCAGGAAUGCAAAUGGGGAACAAACAACAAAUACUGAGACCAUUAUCAAAUCCAACAAACGAAUUUCAAUCACAAAAUACGCACAAUGAUAAAAUCAACCAACCAACUCAAAACUCGUUUCAAAGUAAUAGUAAUUUUCAGAAUAUAAACCAACAAAGCAUACAAACUGCUAACCCUAAAAUUCAAACUAUACAAAGCACACAAUCUGCUAACCCUAAGAAUGAAAAUCUACAAUCACUUCUUCAGCAAGUUAUUACAAAAUUACUUGCAACUAAUAACAACAUUGGCGCUACACCUGUCAUUACACAACCUGUCACUCACAAUGACAUUCCACUGUCGUCAAAUAACAAUAAUGGCUUAUCAUCAAUGGGAAAUAGUUUAUCAUCUAACCUUAACACAAUGAAUACAUUACAACAGUCACCAAUCACUAGCACAGGAAUUGAUAAUAGUCACAUUAAUCUGAUAGGCGGCAUACAACAUCAUAAUCAAGGAAACACAUUACAACAGACACCAAGCAUUAGCACAGGAAUGGAUGCUAGUCUCAUAAAUUCGAUUGGUGGCAUACAACAUCAGAAUCAAGCAAACAAAUUACAACCGACACCAAGCACUAGCACAGGAAUGGAUGCUAGUCUCAUAAAUUCGAUUGGCGGAAUACAACCUCAAAAUCAAGCUAAUACAUUACAGGCACUUCUGACGAAUUUACUACAACAAACACCAGGUUCAGGUGGACUAGCAGUAAAUCAAAAACAAAUUCAUUCUACUCAAAACAUGAUAGGAAACAAACAACAAACACAAAUUGGACAGACAGCAAACCAAAACCAACUUAAUUCUAUCCAAAACAUGCUAGAAAACAAUAAAAAAGUACAAGGUUCAAGUGGACAGGCAUCAAACCAAAACCAACUCAAUUCUAUUCAAAACAUGUUAGGUAACAAACAACAAGCAUCAGGAUCGAGUGGACAGACAGCAAAUCAAAACCAACUUAAUUCUAUCCAAAACAUGCUAGAAAACAAUAAAAAAGUACAAGGUUCAAGUGGACAGGCAUCAAACCAAAACCAACUCAAUUCUAUUCAAAACAUGUUAGGUAACAAACAACAAGCAUCAGGAUCGAGUGGACAGACAGCAAAUCAAAACCAACUUCUUUCUAUUCAAAACAUGAUAGAAACAAUGCAACAAGCACCAGUAUCAGGUGUACCAACAUCAAAUCAAAAACAAAUCAAUUCUAUCCAAAACAUGUUAGGAACAAUGCAACAAACACCAGGUAUAAGUGAACAGGCAUCAAAUCAAAACCAGGUUAAUUCUGUCCAAAACAUGCUGAAUACAAUGCAACAAACACAAGGUUUAAGCGGACAAGCAUCAAAUCAAAACCAAGUUAAUUCUAUCCAAAACAUGUUAGGAAACAUACAACCAGCACCAGGAUCGAGCGGACAGGCAACAAAUCAAAAUCAACUUCUUUCCAUUCAAAACAUGUUAGAAACUAUGCAGCAGACACAAGGUUUAAGUGAACAGGCAUCAAAUCAAAACCAAGUUAAUUCUAUCCAAAGCAUGCUGAAUACAAUGCAACAAACACAAGGUUUAAGCGGACAAGCAUCAAAUCAAAACCAAGAUAAUUCUAUCAACAAAAUGUUAGGAAACAUACAACAAGCACCAGUUUCGAGUGGACAGGCAACAAAUCAAAACCCACUUAAUUCUAUCCAAAACAUGUUAGGAACAAUGCAACAAAUACCAGUUUUAAGUGGACAGACAUCGAAUCAAAACCAAGUUAAUUCUAUCCAAAACAUGCUGGAUAUAAUGCAACAAACACAAGGUUUAAGCGGACAAGCAUCAAAUCAGAACCAAGUUAAUUCUAUCCAAAACAUGUUUGGAACAAUGCAACAAACACCAGGUUUGGGUGGACAGGCUGAAAAUCAAAACCAACUUCUUUCUAUUCAAAGCAUGCUCGGAACCAUGCAACAAACACCAGGUUUAAGUGGACAAGGAUCAAAUCAAAAUCAACUUCUUUCUAUUCAAAACCUGUUAGAAAACCAACAAAACAAUGUUCCUUCUAUGUCUACAACGAACUUUGCAACAAAACAGCAACAACAUACAGGACAACCAAGUACAAGUUCAAAUUCAUUAUUCAAUCCUCAAGACAAUGUGUCAGUAUUGCUGCAGACAUUACUUAAGCAAAACAACUUAGGAACCAACACUAAUCAGGAUUUGCAAAAUAGUAAUCAACAUUUUGGGCUGAAUGGAUUACUAUCAAACGCUAACAUGGUUUCACAUACCAACAUUAACCAACAAAAUAAUCCCAACAUUUUAAAUACACCAACCGACACUAAUCUUGCAACGGCACAAAGAAUUGUUAAUAUACAAAUGCAAAACGCUUUACAGCCUCACGACUUCGGAUUAAGUGGAGGUCAUGAUAUAAGUCACAUUAAUACAUUUGGUCAUUCGACCAAUAAUUUGGCAGCACAAAUGAAUCCAAACAUGUUUAACAUACAAAAUUUAUUACAGGGAAAUUCACUUUUGCAAAGCAUGGCAUCAACCCAGAAUCAAGGUCAUAAUAUGUUAUUUGGUCAUAAUCUACCACAAAAUAACAUGAUGAAUAACAUGCUGGCAAUCCCUAUCACAAACAACCAACUGCAAAAUUCAAUUAACAACAACCAAGGCUUACGCCAAUUAUUACAACGUAAUAUACAACAAAUAUUAAUGAAACACAACAAUCAAAUUGUUGGAGCACAAGGAUUUUUAGGCCUUAAUAAUGCAACUAAAUCUUUCCCCAAUAAUCAACUAGCUCCAAGUGAUGUUGUUUUUGAUAAUACAACCAGAAAUAGUACCGGUACAACUGUCACACCUUCUAGCAUUAAGGUUGGAGCUAUAGAGACAUUAAAUUUGACAGUGAAUCCCACGAAACCAUCAUUGUUCUCAACGUUUGAGACUUUCUUCCCGACUAAACAAGUACUUGUGGAUACCCUUGGGAGUAUGCCAAUGGAAACUUUAAACACUUUGUCAACUAAUCACGUUUUGGAUAAUCAUGGAAGUAUGCCAAUUGAAACUUUAAAUCCUUUGUCAACUCAACACGUACUAGAUACCCAUGUGAGUAUGCCAAUAGAAACUCUCAAUACUUUGCCGACUAAACACGUACUGGAUACUCAUGGGAGUAUGCCAAUAGAAACUCUCAAUACUUUGCCAAUUCAAACCAUGUUUGAUACUCAUGGAAGUAUGCCAAUGGACACUUUAAAUACUUUGCCAAUCAAAACCGUGUUUGGUACUCAUGGAAGUAUGCCAAUGGACACUUUAAAUUCAUUUCCGACUAAACAAGUACUUGUGGAGACUCAUGGAAGUAUACCAAUGGACACUCUAAAUAAUUCAGUUGCAAUAAUUUAUCAUCCAAAUGCUACAACCGUUAUUCUUGGAAAUAACUUCGGCACUCUGAUGGAUAACAUGACAACAACAAAUAACACAGGAAGUGAACUAUAUAAUCUAACCACAGACUUGAGCAUAACUGCUAAUAACAGCGUGACUUCUAUGUCUAACACUUCAUAUAUUGGCAUUGCUACUUAUACUAAUCUAACAGCCAAUGUUAAUGAUGUCAUUACUUAUACUAAUAUGACAGACUUCCUGUCAAAUGCUACGUUAACAUCUAAUGCUACAAAUGCUAUGUUAACAUUAAAUGCUACAAAUGAUAUCGUUAACAGUACACUAUUAAAUAGUACUAAUGUUUCUUCUGUGAAUAUAAGUGAUGUCCUACCGACAGCACCAGCAGUUCCUGUGUCAUCGACGAAUGCAAAGCCACACAUUAUCGAUAUCAGUGUAUCAACAACAGCGAAACCAUCAGCAUUGGACAUAUUAGGACCAAAUGGAAGAUUAACAAGUACAUUAAAGAAAAGCUUAGGUAUCAAAAAUGUAGACAAAGCAACUUUGAAAGGCCUGAUUUCUAACGUCCUACGUGAUCUGUUCAAACAAAACUUCAUUGAUCCAGUGAAGGGCACAUUGAAAGCUUCACUGAAUUAUACAACCAUGUUGAACAGUGUCAAGAAAGUGCUGAUGAAAUCAAAGAGCAAAUUAUUAAAACUCAGACAGCAAGUUGCUAUUUCGCCUUCCAAGAUGCAAAGUAUUCUGAGUAGUAGGGGACUUGACGUUGGAUCUAAACAUUUACAGCCUGUUAGCAGCAUGUCUCCGUCACCUUUGCCUGUUACAAAAUUCGUUACAACACAACCAUCAACCAUUAAACAACCUACUUUAGAAGCACCAACGCCAUCUCAGCUUAUUAUAGACAGUGUCGGAAAUCAUGGCGUCAUUACGAAUCAACAUUUUGGAUCAACACCAGGUGGAGGUGUUGCUGUUUGGUUUUCUAAGCCUUCUAAACCGACCCCUAUUGUCGGUAGUGGAAGCCUUAGUCAAUACCAUCAGUUUAAUCAUUUAUCCAAUCCAGUCAUACAAUCUUCUGGAGAUUUUUCUGUCAAUGGGAUGGCAGCACCAUCUGACAUGAAUGCAAUACCAGUGACGUCACCGAAUCAUGCUGUCUCUCAUUUCGCAACUUCUAAUCCAAUAGGAUUUAAUGACAUUUUAAAUCCUGUAACACAUAUUCCAAAUAUAAUGACAACAGUAUCAUCAUUGCUGCCCCAAAACUACGUUACAGAUCCAACACUCCAAUUUAUGGCGGCGAUGACAACACCAACGUCACAGAUAUCUAAUUUAGCUUCUCCCUCAGGCAGCUUAACAGGACCAGGUGGUGUUCCAGUAUUUAUGCCAAGUUCCGUAUAACGGAAGUUCUAUUCGGAAGGUAUUGGGACUGAGUCUACAAAACAAAAUGGACGACAACAAUGAAAGAUGAAUUCGUUGUUAGGGAAAUCAUUUCACCAACAUCUACAAAUAAUGACUGUAGCAAUCUCUGUUAAAGCAUGUAUUUCAUUCCAUUUGAAAUUUUAGUUUCUUCUUGAGAACGAGUUAUUUCAUAUUCAUACAAACGCAAACAAUAAACAAAUAGUGUAUUUGCCAAGAAUUGAUUUAAUUAAUUUCUAUUACAGACUAUUAAUCAAGUUGUGUCGCUUAGCCAAAUUAAGAUAAGUUCUAAUGUUUCAUAUACAUCAAACCAAAACAUUUUCUGUUCCUGCUAGUUCAUAGUCAAUGAAAAUGUAUGUCCUUUCGAAGGGAAACAACUCGUACGCCUGAUCUCUAAUCACAGGGUCAAUGACGAAUUUUACAGAUUAGCUAUCAUAUAUCAUAUGAACAUCGUAAUACCACUUUUAUAUCUUAGAAAACAACUUGCCGGUUUUUUGUUUUAUCUAUUUAAAAAUCGGGAAGACUUGCUUAAAUCUUAGAACAGUCUCUUCGAGGAUUUUUUGAAAUGAAAAGUAACUUAGAUUUUUCUUUAUUUCUGUUCAUUAGAUCUUCAGUUAUAUUUAAUAGUGAGAACAAUUAAUAAAUUACGUACUUUUGACAUACUUUACAUCAUCAUGUUUUUGGUAAAUGCAUUACCAAGAAAUAAUUUUCUUCUUGUUACAUUUUGUUUGAAUAUCUUAGGAAUGUUGUCAUGAUUAACGUAUUUUCAUGUAUAUCUGCAUUUAUGGAACUGUUUAAAAAGGGUAUGCGGUACCUUAUACUACGAUGUGCAAUUAUCUGCAAUAUGAAUACAUCAUGUUUAAUAAGGAUAAUGACGACGAAUAGUAUACUUAAAAGUAUCAGAAAUGCAUAAUUUGUUCAUCAUUUUGUUUAAUAUUUGUACAAAUAUCAUGUCAUAUUUAUAAUAAAACAUUUGUUUGUA